GCGGCGCUCGCCCUCAUCCCGUAACCAAUGGAGCCCCGACUUUGGCCCUACUCACGCUGAUGACCGCGGCUCUAGAGUAUAUGAUGCAACGCCCGAGUCGAGGAAGUCGCUGGUGCACGUUGGGGUGACAAGGCAGUGGUGGUAUUGCAGGGUAUGUCCUUGGAAGUGGUCAGGACGACCGCAAGAAUGGUUCUGGCAGAGUUGUAUGUGUCCGACCGAGAGGGAAAUGAUGCUACAGGAGAUGGAACCAAGGAGAAACCAUUUAAAACAGGUCUAAAGGCUUUGAUGACAGUAGGAAAAGAACCAUUUCCCACCAUUUAUGUAGAUUCACAAAAAGAAAAUGAGCGGUGGGAUGUUAUUUCUAAAUCACAGAUGAAGAGCAUUAAAAAAAUGUGGCAUAGGGAACAAAUGAAGAAUGAAUCCCGGGAGAAGAAAGAGGCAGAAGAUAAUUUGCGAAGAGAAAAGAACCUGGAAGAAGCCAAGAAGAUUACCAUUAAAAAAGAUCCGAGUCUGCCAGAGCCAGAGUGUGUGAAGAUUUGCGCAUUAGAGAGAUAUAGAGGCCAAAGAGUAAAGGUGUUUGGCUGGGUCCAUAGGCUGCGUAGACAAGGAAAGAAUUUAAUGUUCCUGGUGUUGCGGGAUGGUACAGGUUAUCUUCAGUGUGUCUUGUCAGAUGAUUUGUGUCAGUGUUACAAUGGAGUAGUUUUGUCCACUGAGAGUAGUGUUGCAGUAUAUGGAAUACUAAACCUUACUCCAAAGGGCAAGCAGGCUCCAGGGGGCCAUGAGCUGAACUGUGACUUCUGGGAACUCAUAGGGUUGGCCCCAGCUGGAGGAGCUGAUAACCUGAUCAAUGAAGAGUCUGAUGUUGACGUACAGCUCAACAACAGGCACAUGAUGAUCCGGGGAGAAAACAUGUCCAAAAUCCUAAAAGCACGUUGUACAGUCACCAGGUGCUUCAGAGACCACUUCUUUGAUAGGGGGUACUAUGAAGUUACUCCUCCAACAUUAGUACAAACACAGGUUGAAGGUGGUGCCACACUCUUCAAGCUUGACUAUUUUGGGGAAGAGGCGUUUUUGACCCAGUCCUCUCAGUUGUACCUGGAGACCUGCCUUCCAGCCCUGGGAGAUGUGUUUUGUAUUGCACAGUCAUACAGGGCAGAACAAUCCAGAACGCGAAGGCACCUGGCUGAAUACACUCAUGUGGAAGCAGAGUGCCCUUUCCUGACCUUCGAGGACCUCCUGAACCGGUUGGAGGACUUGGUUUGUGACGUUGUAGAUAGAGUCUUAAAGUCUCCAGCAGGAAGCAUAGUAUCUGACCUCAACCCGAACUUUAAGCCCCCCAAACGGCCUUUCAAAAGGAUGAACUACUCAGAUGCUAUUGUGUGGCUAAAAGAACACAAUGUAAAGAAAGAAGAUGGGACUUUCUAUGAAUUUGGAGAAGAUAUCCCAGAAGCUCCUGAGAGACUGAUGACAGACACCAUUAAUGAACCAAUCUUGCUGUGUCGAUUUCCUGUGGAGAUCAAGUCCUUCUAUAUGCAGCGAUGUCCUGAGGAUCCUCGUCUUACUGAAUCAGUCGAUGUGUUGAUGCCCAAUGUUGGUGAGAUUUUGGGAGGCUCCAUGCGUACCUGGGACAGUGAAGAACUCCUGGCAGGUUAUAAAAGGGAAGGUAUUGAUCCCACUCCCUACUACUGGUAUACAGAUCAGAGAAAAUACGGUACAUAUCCUCAUGGAGGUUAUGGCUUGGGCUUGGAGCGAUUCCUGACUUGGAUUCUGAAUAGAUAUCACAUCCGAGAUGUGUGCUUGUACCCUCGAUUUGUCCAGCGCUGCAAGCCAUAGUUGGUUCCUCUGAAAUGUGAAGAAAAGAAUACAAUUCAUGAAAAGAGCAGACUGCCUCUUUAAAAAGAAAAAAAAGACAAAAGGCCAAAAUCUUCUCUUUUUUGUUCUGUUAGGGUAUAACUGUUCCUCUUUUCUCUAUUUUUUUUUAUGCCUACUACCAUAAAAAAGAGUACAUUACUGGAACAUCAAGUGACACUAAUGUCAUUGUAAGAGAAAUUAUGUGUUACAGAGUUUGGGGAAAUAUGUGGCACAUAGCUUAGUAGUUGUAGGUAUAUUUCAGUAUUUUAUCCAGUUAUAGGGUAUAAUCAUUGUGUUUAAUAUACCAUCUGUAAUUAAAUAGUUUUCAGUUAUAGUCUGAUCCAUUCAAGUAAUUUAAUUCUUCUCUCCUUUUAAAUGUAACUGAAAUUCUUUUAAUUUAUAUCAUUUUAUUGUAUUGAUGAGAUAAACAUCUUGGAGAAAUUGGCAAAUAUGACAUAAAAAUCUGCUAGUAUUAGAGAACAACUCAGCAGUACAUAACUAGCAUCUAAUGAAUCCAGCCUUUUGAAUUUCUAAAUUUGUAAGGCUGCUUAUAUGGAAGAAUUUGUAGAAGUGGAACUUCCUUGAAAUUGGAAAUGACCAUAAUUUGCUGAGGAGGCAUAUUUGAUGAUUCACAGAUUCCCUCUUACCAUUAGUUUAAAAUAAAGAGGUAGAGUGAGCUUCUCUCUUUCCUGGUGGUUCUUAAGUAAUUAAGAAAAAGUAAGUUCUAAAUGUAUUUUCAGGUGGCUGUGUGUGAGUCACCCUGCCUUGUCUUUAGAUCUGAUCUGUGUUACCUUAUGAACUCAUCGUGGGCUCAAUGAAUGGCUUCCAUGCAGAUUGGGUUAAUUUUUCUCCUCAGUGCAUGCCGUGUAUUCUCCAUCAGCUGUAUCCCCAGCAAUCAAUAAAUGAACAGUAGUAAAACUC